UCCACCACCCUACAUAACUUUAUUAUUCUCUUCUUACAGAUUUUCAAUCGUGCACCAUGAAUAAGAAGUCACAUAAGAAGAAGCAAAAGAAACGAGGUAAACACGAAGUUCGUAACAAGGAAAACGUAAUAGAAGUGAAAGAAGAUGUGAAAGUUAAGGAAGUCAUUGAAAAUGAGAAAGAAGGAAAUGAGAAAGAGAAUGCCAAAGAAGAGAAGAAACUCUGUUAUGAAAUCAAGCACUCCGAUGUCAUGGGAAGGUACAUAGUAGCGAGCCGCGACAUAAAAGCCGGGGAGGUGAUCAUAGAGGCUCCAGCACUAGCCGUGGGCCCCUGCAGCGGCUGCAACAUCAUAUGCCUUGGCUGCUACCGGGAGCUGGAUGAGAAGAACUUGUCCAAAUGUGCCGGUUGUACCUGGCCGCUCUGCUGCAGCACGUGUCCCGGGCUGGGCAAGUACACCGGCCACUCCACGUACGAGUGCGAAGCGCUGAAGCAAGCAACGCCGAGCUACGACAAUAUGGAGGACCUUAAGGAUUCCUAUAACGCUCUCAUGCCAUUGAGAUGCCUACUUCAAAAAAGCGCGGAUCCCGAGAAAUGGGAGGAGAUAAUGUCGAUGGAGGCUCACAACGAGCUGCGGCGUGCGAGGGGGGACAUCUUCCCCAUGAACGAGAGGACCGUGCUGCAACGGCUCAAGGGUUGGGGCUUCACGUUCGAUGAUGAAGAGGUCCACACCGUUUGUGGGGUGUUGGAAGUGAACGCGUUCGAGGUGGGCGGCAGCGGGGCGGUAGCGCGCGCGCUGUACGGCGGCGCGAGCCUGCUGGCGCACGACUGCACGCCCAGCACCACGCACACGGACGCGGAGCGCGCGCCCGCCCGCCCGCUCACCGUGCGCGCCGCGCUGCCGCACCGCGCCGGCGACACCAUCACGCUCUGCUACGCGUACACGCUGCAGGGCACACUCAAACGGCGGGAGCACAUCCGCCUCAGCAAGUUCUUCGACUGCGCGUGUGCGCGGUGCCGCGACCCGACGGAGCUGGGCACUCGGGCGAGCGCGCUGCGCUGCCCGCGCUGCGCCGGCCGCGUGCUCAGUGUGGCGCCGCUCGAGCCCACCAGCGACUGGCGCUGUGACGCCUGCCCGUACACGGUGGGCGCUAAUGCCGUGCAGGCUACGCUUAAGAGACUAACAGACGAACUAGAACAGAUAGACGCAAACGACGUGGAGGGCUUCGAGCGGUACCUGACCAAGUACCGUUCGACCCUGCACUCGAACCACUACCUGCGUCUAUCGGCGUUACACUCACUGAGCCAGCUGUACGGCAAGCUGGCGCGCUACAUGAUCCACGAGCUGCCCGAGCGCCUGCUGCAGCGCAAGCUCGACAUCUGCAGAGACCUCAUGCGGGUGUUCGAUGUCAUCGAGCCUGGGUACUCGAGGCUUAGGGGUAUCACUCUGUACGAACUGCACGCGCCACUAAUGGUGCUCACCACCAGGGAAUUUGAGAAGAAGGCCAUCUCCAAGGAAAACCUUCGGAAUCGGUUAAAAGAGAUUGUUAGUUAUUUAACAGAAUCCGCAUUAAUUCUCGGCUUUGAACCGAGCCAAUCUCCUGAAGGUCUAAUGGCGUCGGCAGCAAGAGACGCGCUAAAGAAAAUCAAAACAUGGGAACAAAUUAUUGGAAAAAUCUCAUAAUAUUUAGAAUAUUCUAGAAUUACGCCGCGUGUCCAUUACAGCCAUAAGAGGUGCAAUACCGUCGAUAGUCGAUACUUGGCUUUAUAUUGUUUGUGAUAUUAACAUUACUUUUUGUUGUUUUUAUGUAAUAAAUAAUGGUUAUUUUAUUUAUUUAUAAUAUUUAUUUUUAUCUGAAAUCGGUUUAAGUGUCCUUAUGAGCUACUUUUUUGUUGUCUUGUAUCCGUUCAGUUAAUGUUUAAUGUUAACGUUAAUUUUACUGUUAAUGUUAAUAUUUAUAAUAAGUUAUAAAAACUCGUCAGUAUACGAAAUGUUGUGUUAUAGGAAGUUGCAUAUAUUUUUAAUAUCAAUAAUUCAAUUUUUUUUUCAUUUUUUCCUGCAUCUUAAAUUCAAUUAGCAGUUAUUCCUUACGAAAAGACAACCAAAAGUGAAUUUUAUAAUAAAAUUGUAUUAAACAUACGCAUUCUAUUUUAAUAAUUUAAUACCAUAAAUGUUUUGUUGUACUUAUUUUUUAAUAAAA